AUGUGGACGGAAUGGCGAGGUCUCACGCGACGGCGUUGCCCACGGCUUGCCGACCACUCCACCCGGAUUUUAAAAAACAGACACAUUUUGUUUUUAGGGAAAGUGGAGCUUCAUGGAAAACAGCUAGAGAUUGAACAUUCAGUACCUAAAAAGCAAAGGAGCCGGAAAAUUCAAAUCCGAAACAUCCCACCCCAGCUGCGAUGGGAGGUUCUGGAUGGUUUGCUAGCCCAGUAUGGCACCGUAGAAAACUGCGAGCAAGUGAACACGGACAGCGAGACGGCCGUGGUCAACGUCACCUACGCCAACCGGGAGCAGACCAGGCAAGCCAUCAUGAAGCUGAAUGGGCACCAGCUGGAGAACCACGCGCUGAAGGUCUCCUACAUCCCAGCCGAUGAAGUGCCUCUGAAGAUCUUGGCCCAUAACAACUUUGUGGGGCGCCUGAUUGGCAAAGAAGGGCGAAACUUGAAGAAAGUGGAGCAGGACACAGAGACAAAAAUCACCAUCUCGUCAGCCGAUGAAGUGCCUCUGAAGAUCUUGGCCCAUAACAACUUUGUGGGGCGCCUGAUUGGCAAAGAAGGGCGAAACUUGAAGAAAGUGGAGCAGGACACAGAGACAAAAAUCACCAUCUCGUCCUUGCAGGACCUGACUCUGUACAACCCCGAAAGGACCAUCACGGUGAAGGGCUCCAUCGAGAACUGCUGCAAAGCAGAGCAGGAGAUCAUGAAGAAAGUGAGGGAAGCCUACGAGAACGACGUGGCCGCCAUGAGCCUGCAGUCUCACCUCAUCCCUGGCCUUAACCUGGCUGCGGUCGGCCUCUUCCCUGCCUCCUCCAACGCCGUGCCUCCUCCGCCCAGCAGCGUCUCUGGGGCCGCGCCGUACAGCUCCUUCAUGCCGCCGGAGCAGGAGACCGUGCACGUCUUCAUCCCCGCGCAGGCGGUCGGUGCCAUCAUCGGCAAGAAGGGCCAGCACAUCAAGCAGCUCUCCCGGUUUGCGAGUGCCUCUAUCAAGAUUGCCCCCCCGGAGACGCCGGACUCCAAAGUGCGCAUGGUCGUCAUCACGGGCCCUCCAGAAGCUCAGUUCAAGGCGCAAGGCAGGAUUUAUGGGAAGCUGAAGGAGGAGAACUUCUUUGGACCGAAGGAAGAAGUGAAGCUGGAGACGCACAUCCGAGUCCCUGCCUCGGCCGCAGGCAGGGUCAUCGGCAAAGGGGGCAAAACCGUCAACGAGCUGCAGAACCUGACGGCAGCGGAGGUGGUGGUGCCGCGGGACCAGACCCCCGACGAGAACGAGCAGGUCAUCGUGAAGAUCAUCGGGCACUUCUACGCCAGCCAGAUGGCUCAGCGCAAGAUUCGAGACAUCCUGGCGCAGGUGAAGCAGCAGCACCAGAAGGGACAGAGCGGCCAGACACAAGCACGGAGGAAAUAA